UCUCAUCGUCCCCACGCAUACAGUUCCGGGUGGAGUGUAAAUGGUGGAAACAUGGGUCAAAUCGAAGAACUAAAAAUGUUUGUCUCCGAGCGGCUGCACGCUGCUGCCUCUGAAAUAUUAGGCGCUAUAGAAAAAACAAUGACGGACUACGAGAAGCAGGCUUCCCGGUUGAAGGAAGAAAACAACCGCCAUCGCUCAGUGCUGGACAUUAUCCUCAAAACCAAGUUACCGGGGACAGAAGCAGGUCGUGCCACCAAAAGUACCACUACUGCCAUCAGCCCACCGGCAGCAGAUUCAAGUCCUACCUGCAAGGCCACAGAAACCCCCCGCCAAUCCAGUGAGUUACAGUGUGUCUUCACCUCACGCACCGACCUCCUGAAGUCCGCAACCAAUGGCGACUGUCCCUACUGCCUCAAGAGUACUGAAGCCACUGAGACGCACUUAAUCAAAAAGCAUUAUCUGUUUGCUGUUCAUUUUACUGAGAAUGGCACUGUGAAAUUUGUUGUACCGUGUACGUGCAAAGACAGGAUCCAGGGCAGGAGUCACUGGCACUGUCCAUAUUGCAUUAAGAUCAUUUAUCGGAAAUGCAACUUUGAGCGGCACAUAUCUAAACAACACCGUUAUACAAUACUGCAGCAAAGCCAUGACGCAGGAGAUGGAUCCGCACCCUCUGUCUCUGCCUUUGAGGAGGAGGUUCCCCCGAGUCCUGAACCUUGGUGUCAGGAGCUUGGUAGUCUGGACCAGGAGGACCCACAGACCUCACUGCUGCUUCAAAUUAAAGAAGAGCAAGAAGAAAUAUGGAGACAAGUGAGUCCUCCCGAGUUGCAGAGCUCGGAGCAACUGCAGACCAAGGGCGAGCAAAUACCAAAAAGUAACAGUGAAAUGGGAGAACAAAGUAUGGAGGAAGAUCACGCCAAAGACUCUGCGUUCACUGUUGCCUGUGUGGACAAUUAUAUUCAAGAUCUUAGUGAAAUAAUCAGCGUGGAACGCAGCAAGAAACGCUGUCUUUCUAAUUCUUCAACUCUGGAAACUCUGGAACCUCAGCACGCCCCUGAAGACGAGAUUGAGGAGUGUAAGAAGAACCAUACACCUUGUUUACAGGCUACCAGUUCAAAGAGUAAAAAGCGUGUGAAACGAUCUUCACACACCUUGAAUUUAAAUAUGAAGAAAUCAACAAAACUAUCCGUCAGUCAGAAUCCCACAGGUCCUCAUUGUUGUAAAGCCUGUGGAAAGACUUUCCAUUACAUGUACACGCUGAAGACACACGUGCAAACACACACAGUGGAUAAAAUUUGCGGACUAUGUGGAGAACAUUUAGAGUCCACGGGGAGUUUAAUCCAGCACCUUCAAAGCCACACAGAGAGAAACAAAUGUGAUAUAUGUGGCAAACAGUUUUCCAAUAAUUCCCGUCUGAAACAGCAUAGGAGAUUCCACGGACCAAAGGGUCUAAAUGUCACGUCAUCAUUAAAUACCACCUAAAGUCCUACAGAUGUCAUAAAUGCAUCAAAAGCUGCUGUGAUGAUCGGAUUCUGAUCCACUGCAGUGAAAUACAGAGAGGGAGACACCCGUCCAGAGCUGUAUUUACGGGAGGAGGAACUCAGUCCAUGUUGAUGUUUAUUGUUUAUCUUUGUAUUCAUUUACAAUUUUGUAGAUUUAACUUUGAAUAAAAAACAAACAAACUCAAGACUCUGAUUCAAAGUCA